AUGGAUAACCUUCUCAAUUCUCAGAAAAUUGAAGCCAUGAUUAAUAAUCGAAUGAAAGACAUACUUUAGAAUAAUUCUUCCAAUAAGGAACUCUUUAAUCUAUUGACAGAGCAGCAAUAAGAGAUUUCUUAAGUUAUUUUAGUUGAUGACCCAGUUUACCAAAACUCUCAUUAUUAUUACCCAAUCAAAUCCGGGAACAUUACUGUACUAAGGAGAUAUGGCGAUUUCGAAUUGCUCUCAGAAUAUUUAUUUAAAAAAAAUCCUGAAGUUAUAUAAAAAUUGCUUCCUCCCAAGGAAUCGGGAUUUUACUAUUUAAAGAGCUAUGUUCAAGAGAAUCGAGAGGUUUUAAAUUUAAGAAAGGAGAAAUUUUAAAUUUACCUCAAUGAUAUCAAAAAGCAAUUACCCAAGAAUGAUAUUGUGAUUAAAUUCCUUGAAACACAAGAAAAUUUUAGUCAUAUAAUUUAAACUAUUGACCCACAACUAAUUCUUGAACAAGGAUAUUUUUAAAAAAUUAAGAAAUUAUAUGAAGCAUCCUGGUUGAUAUAGCGAAACAAAGAUGGAGAAUUAAAAGACUUUUAGUAAUUACUCUAAGCCAAAAUUAUGCAUUUAGAUUAAAUAUAAACUUUUUUAGUAAUUUUAUAUUUGAAUUUACAACAUAAAUCAAAAUCAACUUAAGUGUCACUACAGAACAAAGAAAUUUAAGAUUUAAUUAACAAUAUUAUUGAUAAUGAAUAGCUCUACUAAAAUGACAUAAUUUCUAACAAAAUCGAAAGACUAACCAAAAAAAUUAGUGAAGUUUUAGAGCUAUUUCCUAAUGUAAGACAAGAUAAAUAAUAAUACGAAUCCUAUGAUAAAUUAUUGGAGGAAUGUAUUAAGUUGAUAAAAAAUAUACUUUAAGAAAUUUUGCAAUGA